UUGAACUUUAUUUUUGGUUUACAAGUCAGUUCAGCUUAGGAAAAGAUGCAUCUUCUUGUUGUGUCUGUGCUACUGGUGUUAGGUUUUUCUUUCGUCAUGACUGAAAUUGUGGAUUCAUUCAGCACAUGCAGCAGUUUCUUUUUAAAUGGACAGCCUCCGGUGAUUCCCGGCAUUCUGAAUAAUUUAGUCUCCCAGGAUAGCAAUCGCUACAAAUUAAUCUGUCAAAAAUAUCAAAACGUUUACAGAUUUGCAACUGUCUACGACACAACAAACAAGAUCCCUGUCUUUUCGGCUUACAGAUAUACAGGGAGUUAUACAGGGAGACCGCAUAUUCCAUGGAUGAUUGAGCCAGAGCUUGAAACUACAGAUGGUACUAUGCGUGAACCAUGUGUCAAUCAGGCCUUCCCAGGAGACUACUGGACACAGACAGCAUUGAAUCGUGGUCAUUUAUUUCCCAACGGCCAUGCAGCUGAUAAAAUUACUGCCGAAUCUACAUUCACACUGACCAAUACUGUGCCACAGUAUAGCAGCUUUAAUGAUGGUAGCUGGGGUCAAAUGGAGCAAAGAGUUAAAGACACCAUGGAGACUCACUGCCGUGACAAGGACAAUGCUGAUAAUAUCCUGGCGUAUGUGCUGACGGGAGCUGUGCCAAGCCAAGCCAACCUCUUGAAUAAAAGAGUCAACAUUCCUUCAAACAUGUGGACAGUUUUCUGCUGCUAUAAUCACGGUAGCACUGCAUGGAUGUCCCAGGCUCACUGGGCUGAAAACAAGGAUAGCAACGCGGCAAACACAAUCAAUUCAAAAACCAUGGCAAGAUUCCAGGAGUUUAUGGGAAAUAAAUAUGGUCCAGGAUCCAAGCUGUUCGACGUUGACUGUUAAAGCUUAAAAGAACCAGCAAGAACCAUGGAGAUCCUUCAUAAAAUGAAUUUCCAGUAUCAGUUGUGACCUGAUUAUGCAGCUGAAUGAUCUCUGAUUCAUGCAAUGCUUGCCAAAAUUUGAAGGCGGUUUGCCACAACACCAAUUGCUUCCUGUGCCUUUUGCCAUAAAUGCCAAAACCAUUUAUUUUACUAAUUAUUAAUUAACUUUCAUCUAUGCAUGUGUAAAAAAUAAAAAUAAAAAAAAGGAAUAAAAUGACCAAACCAAAUUUGACCCAACAAUUUUCUGUUCUCUAAAAUUAAAGAGACGCACUGGAUUGGUCUGAAUGAUCUAGAAACUGAACGGCAUGGUUUGGGUGAAUAACUCUCAAAGAAACAUGAACAGUAAGAACUCUGCACAUGUGAUUUUUUUUUAUAACAUACAUGUUGAUCAUUGUAGGUUUAGUGACUAUUUAGUGAAAUGUAACAUUUAGUGAAUUUAUGACAAACAACCAAAGAAAUAAUUAAACAAUCAUCCAAAAAAGAAAGAGAGCUAGAGAGAACUGCUCUGGCAACUUUCAAUCUUGGUUUGAGGCAAAAAAAAGUUUAUCUGUGAAAAUAAAUUUAACCCCAUCAGUGAUACCAAUUAAAAGGUCUGUAUUGCACAGUAUGUACACACAAAACAAGGCUUUUUUUAUUUGCUUACUCGCACGAUUUUACAGACGCUGUUUUUACCACAGACGUUGUUUUUGCUCAUGGAGGUGAAUUUUAUAAAAAGCUCUUUUAUUUAUCCUGUUGAACUUUUAUUAUGCUUUAGUAUCAUAUAUGAAACUGCUGUGGUUAUCAGAUGACAACUGUGCUUAACAGAAGUUUGACAAGUUUUACACAUCAUUUUGCAUUUUGUGCUAUAACAACUAUUUCUGCAUAUUUCCAUUAAUAACUCUUUGGCUGAUGUAUCUCCAUCUUUCACAUGCUAAAGUUUAUAUAUAAUUAUUACUAUUUAUACGUAAAUACAUAUACUUCUUGUGUUGUUUUGAAUAAAAGCAUCUGCCAAAAGUAUAUAUAAUUAGAUAUUAGCAAAAAACAGCAGCUAGCACUAUAUUAACAAACAUUAUUACAGUAUUGUUAUCAUCUGGAGUGAUGGUAUUGAUUAAUAUGU